UUUGGAAAUAUUUGUUAUUAAAUUGGCUUUGUGUAAAGCAGAUCUGCCACUCUCCGGUUCAGUCGGCCGUCGUAAUGUGCAGACAUGAGAUUUUGGCUUGUGGUCGCUAAUGUUCAAAAACACAAUUUGCAGUCGUGGUUAGAUUUUGUCAACACACUCCAGGAGCUGUCAAAUCAACUUCACACAAACGUUUGACGCUGAAACAUAACUGGACUCAGUUUAUAUGGUCACAUUGUCAUUUUAUACCUAAAUCUGAAAAACACAACAUAAAUUUAACGUAAAUUAUGUUUAUGCAACAACAAUGUUUAAGGAUUCUUCUAAUAUUAAGCUGAUUUAUGUGAGACUAAUGUACUAAUAAGUAAUUACAUUUUUUGUUAAAUGAUGAAUAUUCAACCGUUGUUUUGCUUUGAAAUCAUCAAAUUCAUACUAUUUUAUAUACCUAAGGUUUAUCAGAUACAGAACCAGGGAUAAAAGCAUCAGCACAUCUUUUGUUGCUUUACAGCCAAAUGUUUCAUCUGACAGACUGAAGACAAAGUAACACAUGAUUAUAAAACCAAAGGGAAAUAUAAGAUGGCGCUCAAUUUGUUUGGCCUACAUAUUUAUCUGGCCUUUUUAGUCAGAUCACCCUAAAUAUUUUUUGAUCCACCUUUUGUCCACUUUGCAAUUAAGUAACCGGGGUGCACAGUGAGGGUCGUGGUUGUGUUGCCGAGGUAUGAACACAUUUGCGCUCAUUGUGAUUAAAAAUCAAAAGCAGUUUGUUUUUUGCUGACUAAAUGCCCCGGAGACAAAAAAGCCAGUUAUGCAAGUUUCCGAUCAAAGAGGUGGAAACUAUAAAGUGACAAGGAGUGGCUGGACCUGUUCCUGUGAACAAAGGGCAGAAAGGGAGGGCAAGAAAGGAACUCGCAUUCAAAAAAAAACUAACGAACGGCUGUCAGAGAGAGGAAGACAGGCGACAGGUGAGAGUUUUGGGGACCGGACAGCUGAUUUCAGUCCUCAGCAGCAUCACUCCACUCUAGGAGCGUGAGGGCGGAGGAAGGAGAAGUCAGGAGUGAAGGAUGUGGUGCAGGUGAUGAGGGUGGAGUCAAAGGAAACACCGAAGGUGGGAAGGCAGACAAACAGAGAGCAGCAAAUUGAUCCCCGGAGACGAAGAACACAAGGAGGAGCUGAGGAGCACAGCUGACAGGAUGCAAACAAAGUGCCAAACGGUGUGAAGGAAGGAACCAUGCACCUGCGAUAAGACGAUUCUACACACUGUAUAUUUUAUUUGACGUUCAGAAAUCCACCCACAUAAGUGAGGAUGUCAGGAUCAGACUCUCUCUGCACUCAUGGAGACACCGCCUGUGUGAUCCGUGUUUAUGAACAGGAGGUGAUCGUGGUGCCCGUCCUCCUGCUGGCCAGCUUUCUGGUCACUCUGGUCUUCAUUCUGCUGCUGCGCUACUGCCCAGAGAAGGUCGACCGAAUCCGUCCACGAAAGAAAAUGACCACCAGGAGGAUACUGCAAGGCAUUGAUGCUCCACCUGGUCUCAAUGUACUUGAGCAUGAAAGCAUCGCGUUGGAUAUGCCCACUUCCUACUCCACCUUCGACACUUCGAAAACGUAUCAAUCUCAAAGGUUUCCCACGGCGAUGAGCGCUCCCGCUCCCUCACCCAGCCCCCUGCCGGAUCCCAUCAAGCCCAGUUUCACUCCCAUCGUCCAGCCCAGAGAGCUGCCCCGCCAGAGGCUGCCAGAGUCCUUCAACCUGGUCGCCCCUCUGCAGGGUUCCUUCUCCCUGCGAGCCGACACGUCUGUGUCUCUCUACAGGGCACGCAUGGAAAACAGGAAUGUGGUGCUCCGGGUCCUCAAAGACUCAGCUGAUGCCGAUGAGAGACAUGACUUCCUGGGCUUCGCGUCUUUCCUCUCUCAGCUUGGUCCGCAUCCAUUCCUGCCGGAGCUGCUCGGCGUGGUCUCGAUUCGAGCUCCCCUGGUCACGGUGGUGGAGGAGCUUGAAAACAGGGACCUGCUCAGCUACUUGUGGCAGUGCAGACAGGACAAAGUGGAUCCUCCGUGUGAAAUGACUGAAAGAAGAAUAUUCACUAUGAGCAGUCAAGUCGCUUCUGCUCUGGAGUUCCUCCACAGCAAAGAUCUCCUUCACGGAAACAUCAGGGCCCGCAGCGUGCUGGUCACGAAGCAGCUCACAGCCAAGCUCUGGGGUCUGCAUGGAGUUUACAUAAGAAAAAGCAAGAAAGCCACUCAGAGGGACGAUCCCAGCAUGAAGAAGUGGCAGGCACCGGAGCUGCUGGUCAGGAAGGCAGCAACUAAGAGCAGUGACAUUUGGUCGUUUGGGAUCUUGCUAUUUGAGAUGACAUCGUUAGGCGAUGCUCCAUUUGCAGAAAUCUCAAUUAACGAGCUUCUGCAGUUUCAUCAGAGAGGAAAAAGCUUGAAAAAACCUUCCAACUGUUCCAACUCACUAUAUGCGCUGAUUAAAAGCUGCUGCCAGUGGAAGGAGCAGGACAGACCGCUGCUGGCUGAACUGAGCCAAAAGCUUGUUUCAGGAGAAAAGAGCGCCUCUGAUAAAGUCCUCAAAGCCUCGGGGACGGUUAACCUGGAACAGUACCUGCAGGAGGCCGGAUACGGAGAAGCCAACAACUACACCGUUUUCUGAUCAUCUACAUCGUCAAAUGCCAAAGAAGAAUAUGUGUGUAUUUGCACUACUAUCUCCAAGUCUAAUGGAGCACUUAUACAACUGACUUUAAGAUGCAAUCGAAGUGUUGCAAACUGUGUUUGAGCACUUUUGGCAAUAAAAGGGGAUUUUUAUUAAGUUA